UAGUCUCUACCCACAGGCGAUACUUGAAAUAAACACAUCAUUGACACCUCGCUAGCAUCACGGACGCAAAAUGAACAAUUAGAUGAAAAACAUCGAGACGAAAAUCCAAUUGAAAAUUAAAGGAACAAUUGCUUUCAACAAGCAAUUUAGACGAUUGUAAAAUUUACUGCUGUGAAAAUAAGUAUGAGGAUUUUCUAGAAACUACAUCAGGGACAAAUUGGUUUUUAAAACUAUUUUGCACAUUAUCCAAGAAGCUAAGACACGGAAAAGACAGUUGGUAAGCAUGCAGGACAUGGAGCAAGAGUCUCCAAAUAGCUCCCCGAUGGCAUCACCCGGACGAGAAAUACAUCACCAGAGUGGAUCAGGAUAUAGAACACCAAGUCCAAUUGAUGUGUGCUUAGAUGUAACGUCACCAUCGGUAUCUCCAGCAGCAAAAGACAAUGAUAACAGCGACAGAUCACCAAGUGUAGACAUGACAAAGGAUUCCAGAGACAAUGUUACAAGUAGUAACACUGUAAAACUUGAACACAUACCAAAGCCGUUGAUUUCUCCUGUCAUAGAGAACCAACAACAACAACCACAAAAAAUAACAAACUUUUUCAUUGACAAUAUUCUGAAACCGGACUUUGGACAGAAAACCUGUGAGACUUUAACGGUGAAUAUAAAAGACAGAUACCCACACAAUUUGCAUCACACGCGUAUGCAACAUUCGCAUCAUCAGCUCCAGAGUCCAAGAGUUAUAAAGAGAGAGCAUGAACAUUACCCUCCUAUGGGCAUACCUCGACCGGCACCCGUUAGUCCCCGACCAGUGGUGGGUGCAACUAUCGCGGCGGAAAGGAGUCCGGAAGAAAAAGUGAAUCCCCUUUGGCCAGCCUGGGUUUUCUGCACCCGAUACUCAGACAGACCUUCGUCAGGGCCAAGAUCAAGAAAGAUGAAAAAGAAAGAAAAGUUGAAGGAUGAGAAACGUCCGCGCACAGCAUUCACAAAUGAGCAGCUUUCCCGUUUGAAGAAAGAGUUUGAAGAAAACAGAUAUCUCACAGAGCAAAGAAGACACUGUUUGGCAGAUGAACUAAAACUGAAUGAAUCACAGAUUAAAAUCUGGUUUCAGAACAAGCGAGCGAAGCAGAAAAAGCACACUGGACUUCGGAACGGACUCGCCUUACAUCUCAUGGCCCAGGGACUAUAUAAUCAUGCUACGGUUCCCAUAGAGGAGCACGAAGAAGAGGACUAUCGUGUAAAAAGCAACAUUCAACUUGGACAACCAUGUUAAUGUUGAUUCGCACUGUCCUUAUUCCCAUCUCACUAUUCCCGAAGACUAGCCACAAUGCCCUUGUCUUAUGAUCAGACUGUUUGGAGAGGAACUUUGGUGAUCUAUAUAUCGAAUAUAUAUUGAAUUAUCUUGUUGUUAAUCAUCAAAGUUUCUCUGCACAUAGCCCGCUCAUUGUAUUUUACAAACGGUUUUACGUUUUCUCCCUCAACCAUCACACUAGAAAUGGGCUAAAAAUUCAUUGAUAAAACCCCUGAGCGUAGCCUAUGGUAAAAUUGGGUAACUUGGGAUUUGAGUAAAAAUGCGUUCAUGUUCCAUGCACGGUUAAAAUAUGCAAAAAAACUUUUGGGUACGUUCUGCAACAGCAAAUUAUAAUCUCCAGAUUUUUUCAUAAGGGCAGAUCAAAAUUCAUACUCAUAUCUACGUAUUUUAACCAUGCAGGGAGCAACCCCACAUCCUUCGCCAUUUCCCCCUAACCCGACACAGUCGAAAUUAUGAACGAAUAUUUGCUGAUAUGGGAAAGAACAACUAAAUAAUUGUAUAAAUGAAGGAGUAUUAGUCAAAAUAAAAUUUUUAUGUACAAGGAUAUCCAAAGACAGAAGAGUGCAGUCGUGUAUCAAAAGCCUGAGUGACAGUUGUCUCAUUUUCAUUUUCUCAUAUUUUUUGUGAAUGUGCGGAACUACCUUAAACAAUAGUUCAAACAUGGACUUUCAACAGAAAGCCACGGUUCAAAGUAACUCGAUUUGGUAUAUAGUUUAUAUACUAGUUUUGACUGAUCUUUAAUAAGACUGUUCAUGGUGUUUGAGAUAAGCCAUGCCAUAUGAAUCAAGAUUAAAUUGUCAGUCAGCAACACUUUGAAGUGUUAGUUCAGGUUUCCUUAAUUACGAGCAAGAGUGUAUUAUUUUACACCUACACGUCACUACUAAACAAACUGGUGUAUAUUACAAAAAACAACAACUGUCAACUCGUGUAUAUUUCACUUGUAUAUAAUAAAUUAAUGACUG